AUGGGCGAAUUCGACUGCUACUGCCUCCUCUGCAGCGGCCCCCUGGUCCCCUGUGAUAUCGGCUCCACCUCCCGAGCCCGCCUAACCCAGCGCCGACGCCGAAUCGCCAAGAAAUUACUAGCGAUAGAGGAGGGCCGGAGUUUUGAUUCAUUUGCUAGUGACUCGGACGAGGAAGCAGGGCACGACUCUGAAUCUGAUUGUCAAGAGGGCGAUGGCGAUGGGGAGGUUUGGGAGCAGGAUGAGAGGAGGAGUUAUGAUCCGGAUGUUGCUGGGAAUGAGUUGGUGGGGUGGGUUGAGGAUAUUAGGGUUUUGGGGGUGGACGGGGGUGGGAGGGCUUUUGUGUCGGGGCGUGCGAAUUAUGAUGAUGCUGGGUUGAUAUAUGUUGAGCAAGGCGAUGAUCCGAACCAACCCUCCAUAAGCGAAAAACCAUACUAUGACUGUUACGUCCCCUCCAACGAUAACGAAGUCGUAUUCCCCUUCCAUACGCACUGUAUGCUCGUCUUCGAGGAAGCAUUCAAGUGGUCCUGCACUCAUUCUCGACGAGGCAAGGAGAGCCUCGAUCUAACAACCCUCUACAAAACCGCAACACGAAUCGGCAGCCUCACGAAUCUGAAUCUAGACUACGGUGGUAUAUCCGGUGUUGAUCAAUGCUGGGAAUGUAUACCGGGCGAAGAGUACUCCGUAAUAGAUCCCCUACGAUUCUCCCUCGACGCACUAGAUUUCAUCUACAAAUGGCCUAGCGCCGCAAACCCCAGCCAACCCACCGGAUCAAAAGCGAAAGGAACAGAAACAGAAAAGGUGAUAAUCGAUCCAUUCAAUUCCCUCCCCAUCGAGAUCCUGCAUCUUAUAUGCGGACAUCUACCCGCGGACGCACUACAGUACUUCCUAGCAGCGUCGGUAACGGCGUAUUACGCUACGAAGAACGAGUCUUUUUGGAAAGCUCUUUGUUUGGAGAGAGUUCCUUGGGCUUGGGAGGUGUGGAGGGAUAUUGAUGGUGAUGGUGAGAAAGAGGUGGUUGAUACGAAACAGGGAAAAGGAAAGGUUGGGGUUAAUUAUAAGAAACUCUUCUUUUGUCUUGAAAGGAAUACUGAGCAGAAGUUUGGGCUCGGGGUUGAAAACCGUGGGUGGUUGGGGUUGGUUAAUCGGAGGAGGAUUUGGGAUGUUUGUGUUCGGGUUUCGGGGGAGUAUUGGGAAGAUAGGAAGGGGGUUGAUGGUUGA